GCCUAGGAGAGCGCUGUUCUGUGGAUUUAGUACCUGUUAAUAAGUAUAUAGCUGCUAGCUACUUAGGUAUGUACCUCGCUACACUGUAUCGACCUGAAACUCUUCUACAACGACCAUUACGGUUAGUGCUUCAUAUGCUGGUGAACAGGAUUUGCUGCAUCUCCACGUGCGGUCAAUACAGCUGGAAGCCGACCGGUGUUGAUUGAGCAAAGUGGAUGUACAUGUAUAAAACAUCAUCCGGCAGCCACGCAAGGACAUUCGUUCCUUCGACUCUUCGUCCCAGUGCUCUUCUGAUGAGCUCUGAUCACACAACACCUUGGACUUGUUUCCGCCACUCGUUUGAUGAGAAUGGAUUUCCGUCGUCUGAAACAUUUCUUUCCUCCCGCAGCACAAAGUCCAAUGGCUGCCACGGCGACUACGACAGUCACGGGCACCGCCGCCGAGGCGGAUGGCACAUUCAACCAACUACCUCAGGGGAUCCUCGAGAUCAUGAUCCCAGGCUACGGCCCGCUCGCCCGAUGGGUCCUCGUCUCCUUGGGUAUCGACAUUAGCCUUUGGGUGUCUGCCGCUGUCAUAUUGCUGGCCACGAUCAAGGGCGCACAGUAUGCGUGGGUGUACAUUGAGAGAACGUUCCGACAGCUGUUCGUCAGCACGAUAUACAUAAAGGAGUACGACCAGAUCUUCGACGAUGUGAUGGCUUGGUUGGCAAAGGAGAAGUCAGCCUCGACGAAACGAUUGGCACAGGCAAAGACAGAUUAUGGCUGGUUCAAGGCGCCGGACUUGAGUAACGACAUCGCUGCCGCAUUUGACGAGAACGGCAUGUUCAGCGAUGCGCAGUAUUCUGCAAGGCGACCGGCACACUUUGAACCCUAUUACGGCCGGAGCUGGUUCUGGUGGAACGGCAGACUGUUUUGGUUCUCACGAUUCCCCGAAAGCGCAGAUACUCGAGGUACCAUGUACCGCCCACGAGAUUUGUUGCGUCUAGAGGUCGUGGGACGAGAUGUCGCGCCGAUCAAAAGGCUCUUGGCCAUGGUGAAGAUCUGGAACCUGCACAAGGACGUUGGUUUCACGUCAAUCCGACGUCCGGAGACCAAGGAUCGCGCGGACCAAUACGGGAAUCGUUGGGGCCACUCCACUUCAAGGCCUUCGCGCCCGAUUGACACCGUCAUCCUGGACAACGUCGAGAAGGCCAGGGUGAUCAAGGAUUGCAAUGAAUUUCUUCACCCAGCAUCUCCGCCGUGGUAUGCGGCACGUGGUCUGCCAUAUCGUCGAGGAUUCCUCUUCCAUGGCCCUCCCGGGACAGGAAAAUCAAGCCUGAGUUUCGCACUGGCAUCCCUGUUCGGGUUGGGUAUCUAUGUGUUGAGUUUGAACGAAGGCACACUCACCGAAGGUGAUCUCAUGCAGCUUUUCAACUCCCUCCCACGCCGCUGCAUCAUCCUACUGGAGGAUAUUGAUGCAGCCGGAUUGACGCGAAAAGAUAAGCCCAAUGCAGAGAAGGACAAGGACGGAGCUGACAAAAAGAAGACAAAGCAGAAGAAGGCCAAAACGGAGAAGAAGAAAAAGGAAAAGGAGAGGAAUGACGAGAAUGAAGAGGGAAAAAAUGAAAAUGGUCAAAUGGCCAACGGUUCAGAAGCAGGCAAAGACGUGGUCUUGACCAACGGCCACCAGAAUGGCACUUCUGGCACAAAAAUCGAGAUGGCCAAAACGAAGAAGCCGAAGGCCAAGAAGGAUAAAAAGAAGAAAUCCAAGGCGAAGAAAGACGAAGACUUUACCUUGAAGGAUCUCGCCAAGCAAUUGAAGAGCCUCAAUGGUGGCAAGGCCGAGAAAUCUACAUCAUCCUCCGAGAGAUCGACUAGCCGGGUCAGCACCACUGGUAAGAAUGGCGAGAAGAAACCCACAAUCUCCCUGAGUGGUCUUCUGAACGCCAUCGAUGGUGUUGCAAGCCACGAGGGACGCAUCCUGAUCAUGACGACCAACCAUCCCGAAGACCUUGAUCCCGCGCUCAUCCGACCAGGGCGUGUAGACCGCAAGGUUGAGUUUCGAUUGGCGGGCCCGGAUCAAACACGGGAGUUGUUCAAACGCAUGUACGCCACUCGUGAUGCCGUGCCAGACAUCGAAGUACAAGUCGACGGAAACAAGGUUCGAGCAGUACACAAGCCAUUGCUGGGAGCCUCCGUUGGCCAGAAAAAGGCGCCGACCAUCGCGUCAGCCGAAUCGACAGCUGACAGAGAAAAAGACCAGGAGCUUCUGAUCUCGGGAGAUGCCACGUUAUCUGUGGCCGACGAGGCAGCAUUGACAGUGUUGGCAGUCCAAUUCGCGGAGUGCAUCCCGGAAGAUACCUUCACACCUGCCGAGUUACAGAAUCACUUGAUGAACCACAAGAGCUCGCCGGAGUCGGCCGUGCAACAAGCGCCGGAAUGGGUGAAGAAGAUAUUGAAGGAAAAGAAGCAGACGGAAGAGAAGAAGAAAGAAGACGAGAAGAAAGCCAAAGACGAAGAUGAAGAUAGUAGCGACGAUGAGACUGAUGAUAGUUCAGAGGACGAGGAUGAUGAUGAUGACGAUAACGGCGGCGUCGAUGAUGCUGCUGCGGUUCCUAAGAAAGUCGAGGGAGCAGCUGACGAGUAGCCUUGAUGUUUUUCACAGUUGAUGAGUUAAUGAGACGAGACUAUCAUGCAGGUAAAUAGAUGGUGAUGAACGAUGAUCAAUGAGAUGCUUUGUUGUAUGGUAUCCAAUUUGUAUGGUCGACGAGAUGAGCAUGAGAUGAAGUUCGCGAAAUGUUCGGUGUUCGAUGUUCACCUGCCUUGUGAGAUGUUGGAGGUGACUCUCACAGUCCUUACCGAUAGGUCCAGGGUCGUGACGUUAAUCGAUACAGGAGCAGCUUGGUGCCUCAGGUAUUAAACUACCACACCCAUUUGCCCCCCUCUCACACGAGACCGAAACCGAGAUAUCAUGAGCACCCGGGC